AGAGAGAGUCUCGCUCUCGGAGACACACAGCGUUCGGCUCGGCGGCGGCUGCUGCUCUCCUCAGUCGCGCAUCGGCGCUUGCCCCGAGCGGCAGCGGCUCUUCGCGAGACCGGUUGCGCGUUUUCUUUUCAAUAUCGCAUACACAUUGCGUCUCACAGUACAAGCACGUUUUUUUCCUCGGGCUUCCCAUCUCCGAGAGAUACACAGGGAUUCUGGCGCGAGGAUUGUUUUCGAUAUCGCCGUCGUUCUCAGUGCUACACACACACACACACAGUGAGACAGGGAGAGAGCAGUGCAGUGAAUACGCGUAGAGUAAUAACGCAUCUUUUCUACGCACAGUGCAGAGGACGAGAGAGCGUCCUUGCGAACGGAUUAGCCGGUCACACGUACAUCACACACGGUUGUAUUCUCCUUGUGAGUGAGAGAGAGGGAGAGAGAGAGAGAGAGAGAGAGGAGCCGAUAAGAGGGAUAUACUUACUGUAUCCUCCCAGUGCUCUCUGCGUUCACGCGGCAGCAGCAUCUCGGAAGAGGCGGAGGGCUACACACACACACAAGGCUGAAUAGAGGAAGUUCCGUGAAUCAACAGGUGUUUCCCGGAUGGCGGGGAGGUCGGUCGCAAGAUGACGACGGAACUGCAGCCGUCGCCGCCGGGUUAUCGGGGCCAGCAGGAUGCCUGCCCUGUCGCUGCUCCUCCCAAGCUCUAUCAUCGCAGCAGCAGCGGCCACCUCAAUUACACCGCCACCGCCGCCGUUGCCAACAACGAUUAUCGCCGAAGAACGUCGCCGCCGAGCGAGAACGAGGAUGUCGUCGUUGCUGGCACUACACAGGGCAAUAUCAUCGAGGCCGCUUACGAGGAGAGCAAUAACCAUCAGGCGAACUUUCCUAAGAAGAACGCGCCUGGUUACAAGAACGACAGCGGCUACAGCGAGAGCCUGGGCUUCGAGAGCUUCAGCCUGGCCCUCAGCGAGCGUGACGCAGCGUCGCCCCCGCCGACGCCUCCGGUGCGCGACGCCUCGAGCCUCAAGAGCGUCUGCUACGGUCCCGGCCACGAGAAGUAUCCGUCUUGGCCCACAGCUCCGGAAUGUCGCUAUUCCAGCGGGAGCGCUGACAACGAUCACGACGACGGCAGCGCUCAGGCUGUCGCCGGGGGCUCGCAUCGAUCCAAGUCCUGGACUGAUCACACGAACUAUCCCAAGGAAAAGCCGGCCCAGUACACCAGGCCCCACAACAAGAGGCCCAAUUCCACCUUUACUCAGCAACUAAAAACCGUGAUGGAGAGGUGCGAGAAGAUUCCCGCGGAGACAUUCGAGUCGCGAUCCUCGCGCGGCGGUUCCUCCGAGUCGGAUCAGCAACGACUGUGGCCGAGUGUCGACCGCGAGGGCAAGUCUCUGGGCGACGCCGAGUACGUCGUGCCUUCGCCGCCAGAACGGGAAUCCCUUCAGGCCAAGACCCUCAGUCCUGCUGAUCUCGAGGCUUACGUAAGGAGUUACCAGGAUCCACAGGUCUCUCAGGUUGAACUUUACGGCGAAAACGACUUAACUCAGACUGGACUGGAGGAGUACACGACGGUGCAACACUCUCAGCAAGCGAGCUACGCUCAGUCCGAGGGCUAUCACAGCUACGUUUCCAGCGUCGACUCGACGACGACUACUCCGUUCUUGGACAGAUUGCGGAGGGACAGCGAAGCGGUGUCAGCGAGACCCAUGACCUCGUGGGAGGACGGCUCGUCAUCCCGCGAGGGUCGCGACAGCGUGGUCACUACAUCCAGCGGCAGUGCUUCGAGCAGUGAGACCCUCAAAUGGCAUGGUUCCAUGUCGGACGUGAGCGUGUCCAGCGGGAUGCCAACCUCGAGAUCCUCUGGUUUGAACCAGGACCGAUGGCACCACGGCUCCAUGUCGGACCUGAGCAGUAUCAACGGUGCCUGUCCACCGAUCAUGCAGAAAUCCGGUGUCGAUCUGGACCAGCACGACAAGUGGCAGGACUCGAUGCUCAACGACGUCAACGACCAUCACAACAACAACAACAACCACCACUCGAGCAGCAAGAGGCUGAGCAGGGACAACUGGCAGGUGUCGAUGAACGACAGGAACAAGGAGAUCGGACAGUUGUCCCCCACGGAAGAGAAGAACCAGUGGGAGCACAGUAUGUCGAAAAGCUUCCACGUCGUGACCGACAGGAUGAUCCAGGAGCAGAGUGUAGCCGACUGGGAACACUCGAUUCACAGUUCCAUGUCCGACGUGAGUCAGACGAACGGAAGUAGUGGAGGUAGUCAGGGCAGCAAGCAGCUCAUCGCUCACAGUGCCAGGGUUCAGACUCCGCAGAGACAUCACUCCGAGAGCGUGCUGUACCUGGACAGGGAGAGAAGUCAGAGGAAGCUGUACCCUGUCAGCACCACCAAACUCGACGAAAUGCACUCCGUCUCGAGGCUUCCUCCAUCGAGUCCCCAGCAAGUACAGCCGUCGGUCGCCGAUCGCAUAAUCGAGCUGGAGAAGCACCAGCAGCAGAUGCGCUACACGUACCUAGACCCUGACAAGCGUCACCGAGUCUCCGACCCAACUCUCAAAGCCAUCCAGAAAAAAGCUUUGCUUUCGUUCUACGAACGACAUCAGCAUCAAGCUUCCUGGCGAUCGGAGCCUCAGCUCCUUGAGAACAAGAAUCAGUCUCAACCCCAGCAACGACACAGUCCGCCGCCACAGCCACCACCGAGGCCCAGGCCGGUAUCUUCCAGGAGAGCAUCCAGUGCCUCGGACUACGCUAGUGGAACCUGGCGCGAGAAGAACGCUGCUAAUAAGGCAACACCGCAUCAGCCAACGAGCAACGGCACUACAAGCAGUGGAAGUAACAGUGGAAGCAGUAGCAGUAGCAUUGGAUCGGAACUGCCCAGGCCCAAUCAUCAACAUAGCAAUAGCUGUGGAAGCCUGUCGACGGAUCUACUGGGACCGGUCAUCGUGGGACCAGCUAUCUCGAUCGAUGACUGGGUGCCCGAGAGACCACCUAAGAAGCCUCACCUUAGGACUGCCUACAGUGACAGAUUACCUAGUCCGGAUCUACCACCGCCUUCGCCACCAACGGUUACGGACAUCGAAGUCCUGAACUUUGAUGAUCCGUUACCGCCACCGCCUCCAGAAUUAUCCCAAGUCUGCACUGCAGAACCGAGACUACCGUCGACCGAGCAACGGCACGAAAACUCCUACUUCGAAGAGACACCUUGUGAUCGAAUAAAUGAAAGAAACUCCUCAUCGAGAAGAUCAACCCGCACCAAGAAAACUUCGCCGGAGCUCUCGCCAACGAGUUCUCCCCCUAAAUCAAAGUCCAAUUCACCGAAUCAAGAGCAACAGCAGAGCUUCCACUUCGAGUGCAAGCCAGCGAGUAUCGGACCUAAACCCAGCCACGUGGAGAACGGUUUUGCCAACAGCAACAAUCGACUACUGGCAAGUGGUCGAUCGAGUCUGAGAUACUCCUCGGCGCAGAAGCACAUGAUGAACGAGAAGAUCGCGGCGGUUCGCAGAUCCGCCGACGGUCAUCCGGCCCUUGGACUUCCGGAUUUGGUGGCCCAGAAAUACAGUGAUUCCGGCAACCAGAGACCCGCACCUCAGGUGCCUGUUGCCAGCAACAAUUCUUGCUGCGAUGCUCAGGUAGAACCAAAGAUCAAUCGCCAGGACUCCCUGAAGCUCGACGACCUGUCCAAGCACUCGCAAGCUCAGCAACCCUGGCUCGACUGCUCGACUCGCCAGAAACCUCGGGCCCAGGCCCCAAAGACUUCUUCACCCACGUCACCCACGAGUCACGGCCCCAAGAGUCCCCGGGGUCUGUCCGGCAACAAGUACCAGCAGCAACCACGGAACUACUUUGCACUUCCGGCCAAGUAUCCGGACGCUCCAAAAUCCUCGUCGCCACCAACGCCUCAAGAAAGGUACGAGCCUCAGGCAGCGCCGAGGAUGCAACGCGACUCACCUCCACCGCCACCCUUGGCACCCAGGACUCCUGGAAAGAAGAUCUCGCCGCCACCCAGACCUGCGCCACCUAUGCACUCCAUUCAUCAAGGGAGCCAAUCAAAGGCGUCCUAUCUGGCCUAUCGCCGCGAACGAGGUGCCCCGGACAGCGAGGGCAGCUACAAGCGCACGAUGUCACCGAACGCCAGACUGGAUGACCCGGUUCUCCUCCUCAAAGUCACGCCGCACCACCAGCAGUCCCUCAUCAACAACAACAACAACAACAACGACGACGUCGUCGUCAGUCCCACCAACAACAACCAAAACCACAACAACAUCAACAACAACCAGUACCAGAGGCAUCCGAGGCACGAGCUUGCCAAGUCCCAGAGCUCCGACGCCCUCCAGCAGCACCAGAACCACCACCGGCUGGAGGACCACUUCUCCCGCAAGAGUCUCCACAACGUCAACUCUGCCGAGAGCAACGAGACUAACAACAAGACGUCGAGGGACAGUGGUCAGGCGGAGGAGAACGGAUGCCUCAGAAGGAGCGAGAAGCGGGAGAGGCUGUCGCCCCAGAGCGUCGAGGUCCUGAACGACAGGAACAGACAACUGGAGAGAGAACGGAGGAAGCUGGCUGCCAGCUGCGAACCCCAGAGCAGACUCGUCGAGGACUUCUACAGGGAAAGCGCCGUCACCACCAUCGAGAUGACGUCCCAGAACGUCGAGAUGCUGAACAGAAGGAACGUCGCUGAGAAGCAGAGAGCACAGACUGCGGAGGCGAGAAGCCCGCUCACAGGCUCUCCCAAGUUCGUGGAAUCCCCCAGCAGAACGACGCCGCCCACGGUGACCACAGGAACCACGACGACCCUGUUCGACUCUCUGACCGAUCGCAAGGUCUCGAGCCCAACGCAAACGGACCAGAGCUGGGACCGCAAGAGCCGAUCCUCGACCUCGAGUUCUUCCACACCUUCGUCGCCCACGAGAACGUCCCCCACGGAGAAGUCGAGCUCGUCGAGCAGUAAACGAGCUUCUCCCUGUGUGUCCCCGCAAUCGGGCGUCAUCGAGGGUCUGACACUGGUCCAGAGGACGGAGGUCGUGCUGAGGGUCAACGCACCCACGAACGACGUCGCCUCGCAAACGGAGGAACCGGCCACGCUUCUGGGAGUGACUCCCGCUGCGGAGAAGGAGGUGGAGAGACACAGGCCCGAAGAGGAGACCGAGAGCUUGGCCAAGCCCAGGAAGAAGCUCCAGGAGGAGAUCGAGUGCGAGGAGCUCAGUCGCGAUCUGGCUAACCAACUCGGACCCGACGACAAGCUGCUGCCGAUUUUAGUACCGAUACCAGAACACAAAAAGUCCACGGACUACGUGGUCGACCUGUUCAGGGUAGAGGCAGCGCUGCAUCCACGGCCACGUCCGCGACUCACCAUCAACGAGGAGUCAACGUCGAUCGACGCCGCGGACAACGAAUCCGAAGAGGAUAAGAAGAUCGACUCGAUACCGUCGACGCCGGUGACGCCCUCGGCGCCCGACUCCUCGAGCAGCAGCAGCAGUAGUCCGCUCUCGGCGAGCUCCGUUUAUUUCACGACUUCCGAGAGCAAAGCACGCUUCCUAACGAGGUACUCGCAGGACGUCGUUGCCGAGCAGGUCACGACGACGCCGGCGACGCCGUCCAUCAAACCGACGACGCCCGACAGCCUCGACCUGCGCCAGAAGAAGGAGGAGCUGAUGAUCCGACUGGACAAGAAGCUGGUGGUACUUCGAGCUGAACAGGAGGCGGUUCGCGAGGAGGGCGAAGUGAACGAGGCUCUGGGCUCGCGAGUUCAAGCGCGAAUCGCGGCUCUCGCGAAGCCAGCCGAGGCUUCCAAGUACCGAUUGCACGUCGAGGAGGUCGGCAAGAUCACCAGUCUGCUGCUCGGACUCAGCGGCAGACUCGCCAGGGCCGAGAACGCGCUCUACGGCAUGCCUGCAGAUCAUCCGGAAAGGAAAAUACUCGAGUCGAAGCGUGACAAGCUGAUGGACCAACUGGAGGAGGCGAAGAUCCUCAAGGGCAACAUCGACCGGCGCAGCGUCAACGUCUCGGCCAUACUGUCCAAGUACCUGAGCGACGAGGAGUUCGCCGACUACCAGCACUUCAUCAACAUGAAGGCCAAGCUUAUCGUCGACGGUAGGGAGAUCCAGGAUAAGGUGAAGCUCGGCGAGGAACAGCUGGCCGCCCUCAAGGAAGCCAUCGACCUCUAAGACACGCACGAGGAGUUGUCGUUACCAGCGGUUUUAUCACCUACCUUCAUAACCCCGCCGUGUCUAAUAGGCCGAAUCCCAAAGUAUUCUCGAUUUAAAGAGUAUAGAAAACAAGCCCGGACAUCCACGAUACCCUGAUCAUGUGCAGGUCCAACCGGAGACCUUGAGUGCCUAGUCCUAUAUUCGAGUAUCUUGUGCGUCGUUCAAACGAUGUUGUUAUAGGAGUGAUGUGUCACUACGGAGAUACGGAUCAGCAAACGGCGAUACGAACAGGGAUAUGAGGAGAAACAUGCCUUUUAUGCACUUGUAUAUUUAGCAAACUUGUACUGUGUAAUUUAGGAAUUAUUGGUAAUAAGUGUACAUACGUGAGACGCGGUUGAAAAGAGAGGGACGACUACGGUAAUUCGUAUAAAUUAAAGAUUGCUUUUUUUUCUUUUGUACGACUUCUCUUUCGGAAAAUUAUUGUUAAAUAUGUAUUCUCUAACGCUAUGGUAUAUUCGAUGCAUGAAUAACUAACGAGAACGGGGUAUGCAUAAUCGCGCAGUGCAAUAGUUUGAUACACUUAUUGAAAAAAAAAAAUUAAAUUAGCUUGACGUAUCGCCGCGACGUUGUACAGGAUGGAUCGCACAUCCCUUAAUUUUUUACUUUCGCUCUGAAUGAUACUUUUGUCUUUGCGUACGCGAUGGUCGAUCCUGCGCAGCGUAGAAGAACAAAAGGCAAACGUAUGAUAGAUGUUGUACUUGUGAUACGAAUAAGCAUUCGUUAAGGAGACGUGCAAAAUACGAACGACGCUUGUAAAUAGAACACAAUUUUUUUUUAAUCGAUAGUUAGAGAGUUUUUACACAUAAGCAUAGCCACGCAGCGAGUGUGUAUUAUGUUUUAACCCGGAUAUCCUAGGGAUUCCGUAGACGCUUGUGAUCUUAUUUACUCUGUGAAUAUAUUAUGUUAUAGGUAUAUUUGUAAUCUAUAUUAUAUAUGCAUUAGGAGAACGCUUGGAAUUUUGAAAAUUUUCUUCGAGCUUCCCCGAAUCAGUUUUGACAAAAUUCUAUGCCAUGGUUUGAGAGUUCGAUCGAUGUUAUCUUUUUCUUUUUCACACUCUCCGCGAAGAGUCUAGAAUCUUGAUAUUAUUCUUUUAUUUAUCGGCUGCAGUAAUCGAAACUUUUUUCUGCUUUUUUUUAAACAAUCUGAAAAAAAAACAGAGAAACCUCUCUCAGACGACUACACGGGCGAUAGACAUCGUCCUGCGCCGGAGACGAGAUUUUUAACGUAUGUACGUGCAAAGAGAUCCUCGCAAGCUUUUGUCUAUGGUAAUGAGACAUUUACCAUUUUUCCCGCAAAAGCCUCGCGACGGAUUGCCGUGCAGUAGCUUUACAAUGUACACCAGCAUUUAACGAUAUCCGUAAAAGUCCGCGCGAGAAAGCAGUCGCGAUAUUAUAAUAUGUACGAACGAUCUACCUUUCUUUUGCCUCUGUGUACUUAAUCCUAUUCGGAGUGUAACAGUGGACGGUGGUUUUUAAUUACAGGAAGAGCGCGAAAAAAGUAAGAAAAAAGAAGUAUUGUGCGAGCUGCACGUUAAAGACUGAAAUGCCAGGCAUAUAAUUUUGCAAUAUAAAUAGUCAAUCUCUGUUCCUCGUUUCCUGACGCCUGCGAAGCGGGAUGGCGAAUAGUCUUUUUUUUUUCUGUCAUCGUAUAAUUCUUAUAUUUCUCUGUGUAAUGUUCUUUUUUUUGUAAUAAGUCUAUCAGCGCGACACUACGGAGAGAUGCAAAAUAUUGUAAAUAACGAUUCAACGAAACAAUGGUGCUCUGGAGCGUGUAUUUCUUCUUUUCGGGGCGACGAAGAAAGAUCGGAGAUUUGCGGGAAAAAAAGAGAUGUCGAACACUACACGGGUGAAAGAGAGAAGGAUGAAUUUUAAAAAGUUAAAAAAAUUUAGCUCGUAAAAGUAAUCGUAAAGAUCUAUCGAUAUUUAACUCCUCUUGAAACAGACGCAUACAUCCACACACACACACACACACGCGCGCGCGCGCGCACACACACAGACACGCAUUGUAAAUAAUUACAGAUUAUCCGCGACUGCAUGAUUAAUAAGCAUGCAAUCUCAAAUAGCAUUUUUAUAAUUCGUGCCUUUGUGAGAGCGACGACACGAUUUAUCGGUGUGCGACGCGUAUAUGGUGUCGACGAUCCAGCGACGACGACUAUUCUGUAUGCGAUAUCACAUUGUGUCCUCUGCGAUGCAUUACGAAUUACAUUUCCUUACAAUAGCUACCUUCUGUCGAAACCGCUUGCAAUAAAAAUAACAAAUCAUAAAUUAUACAAGUUUGUUACAAUUCCGACUUGUAAUGUUUAUACAUAGUAAAGUUUUUGCAAAAAGAGUAAAUUUUUAAUAAAUAAUGAUGGCUUUGCAUAAAAUA